AUUUGCAUGAAGAAACAGAUACAAAAAUUGUAUACCACGCGUGCAAUAUUGAAUCAACAGCAAAUAUUAUAAUAAAAUGCUCCGAUACAGACAUUUUAAUUAUAAUAUUAGCUAAUAAAAUUAAUGUUCGACAAAGUAGCAAAGUUUAUAUACAAACAGAAGUUUGGAAUAGACAAAGAAUCAUUGACGUUUCAGCGUUGUAUGUAACGUUAGGUGAUUUAUUCUGUCAAUCAUUGCCAGGAUUUCAUGCCUUAACUGGCUGCGAUUUUAAUCCUGCAUUAUUCAGGAAGGGAAAGCAACGCCCUUUACAGAUACUCAGAAAGAACGAGAUUUCAAGAAGCUUUUAAUCAAAUAGGCUCUGAAGACUGUGACGAAAAUAGCGUAUUUACGGUGCUCGAGAAAUUUGUUUGCAAUUUAUAUAGUUUUAAGUCUAUGAAUUCUGUAAAUAGUGCCCGAUUCGCAUUAUUUUUAAAAACUUAUAAACUAAAGGACUUAGAUGAACCAUUCCAGAAAAAAAAAUUACAGAAUUUUGAUGCUUCGACUUUACCGCCCAGCCAGACUGAAUUGACGCAGCAUUUAUUAAGAACAAAAUAUAUUGCCACAAUAUGGAAAAAUGCUUACAAACAAAUACCGUCAAUUUUAAAACCAGAGAAUUGUGGAUGGUUAAUAUCCCAAGACAAAUAUAAAUUCAACUGGUUUGACGGACCGCAGCUGCCCAGUAUAGUAAAAGAUGUACUUGAUACUGAAAUUAUUGAAGGCGAUAAUGCAGGAAUCGAAUCUGAGGAAGAUUCGAUAUAUGAAAGCGAAGAUGAUUUUCCAUCUGAAUCAGACACUGCCAGCGAAAUUGAGUAGCAUCUGUUAAUAUUUUUGCAAUAUUCGAUUAUUAAAGAUAUGAAUAUAUAUAAAAUAGUGUCACUUUUUGUCUUUCUAACAAUAUAUUCACAGUAUAAUAAUUUCAUAUUUAUUCCAUAAUUAAAUAUCAAGCGCGUUGAGCGCGAUUACAAAUCUUCUAUUAUAGCGCGCUUUUUCAAGCCGUCUGCCAAGGCUUUAGCCCCAAAAUUUUUGUCUGCCAUUUUGUAAAUUGUUUUCUUAAUGUUUAAAUAAUAAAAUAAAAAAGUUUUUGUUCAUGAACCUUGUGAUUUUUUUUUAUUAAUUUUUACACCCCUUUGGCGCGCUCUGCCGGCACUUUAACCCCGAGCAAACUGUCUGCCAAUAUUUCUUCGCGAUUCCUUAAUAUAAAUACAAGCAUUUUCCAUAAUUAGAAUCCUUGAAGCUUAUCAUUUUUUUCACACCUAAAUUUCACGUUUUGAAUCGUUUAGGCCACAGUUUUGCGAUAGCAGACUUGCAGAUUUAUGUUCAGCUAGACCAAAGGUACCUUUUUCAAUAGAAAUCAAUCUUGAAGUUGAUAAAUGCAUUUUUAUGUAGCCAGCUCUCCGUCUAUUAAUUUGUGGCGUCCUGCACCUGCUCGGUGCUGACACCACAUGGUCGACUAUCCGUAGCUGUGACGUCUCGCACCAGGACGGUGCCGACAUCUCGCGGCUGCUAGUGCUAACUUCGGCAGACGUACCUAAAAACUACUAGAGUUAUGAAAUACUCGAAGAAUUAACCUUGUCGAGUUAUUGUGUUUGUUGUGAUUAUUGUAAAGUACGCGACAGAAAUAUUUAGAGUAUUGAAAACCGAUUAUAUAUAUAUAUAUAUAUAUAUAAUUUAAACUGGCCAAGUACUUUCUAAUUUUUUCAAAAUAUUUUUCAAUAG